AUGGCUACCUCAGACUUCUCUGGAACCUCGCCGGCUGCAUGGCUGGCCGCGGGCGGGGCCGCGGCGGCAUCGUCUCCUCUCGUCGCCGACGCGCUGCUCGCCGCGCCCCAGCCGCGCACCUACCGCGAGCUGUACCCCGAGCUGCUGCGCGCCACCCAGCUCAUCGGCAUGUGGAUCGCCGGCGGCGGCGCGGGACCCAGGGGAUGCCUGUAUCGCUUCGCAUUUGAGGAGGACUGCGUGCGCGUCGACCAGCUGGCACCGGCCAAGUGCUUCCACCGCAGCCCCCCGGUAAAGGAGCUGUUCCGCCUCGGCCCGGGCCACCCCCAGCACACCUUCAGCAUCAUCGAGGGCGCCGCCGGCGGCGCCGCCAGCAGCUCUUCAAGCCGCAGCUGCCUCGUCCGGGAGCAGCGGCGCGCGCCGCGCCGGGGCAGCAGCGCCGCCGCCGAGGCUGCCGCCGCGGUCGCGGCCGGCGGUGGCCACAGCGCCGCGUCGCUGGGCAGCAGCCCGCCGUCGAGCUUCAACUUUGAGCAGUCGGGCGGCGGCAGCGGCGGCAGCAGCGGCGGGAGCGGCUCCGCGCCGCCGCCGCUGCUGCACCACUUCACGCGCCUGCCGGUGCCCGUGCCGACGCGGCAGCACCCCCUGGCGGGCCUGUGGUCGGCGCUGUAUGGGCCGCACGGGCUGGAGGUCCUGAGAAUUGAAUACGAUUUCACCGGCAGCGCCGCAGUCAUCAAGGCCACCAAGGUCCUGGGUGACCCCAACGUGCCGGCCGGCCAGGUGUCCUGGAUGUGCUCCGCCGCCCCAGUCCCGCAGCCCUGGGCGGACGAGGAGGCGGCCAUCAUAUCCCGCCGCGGGUGGUACGCCAACAUGGCUGAGGUGGCGCAGCAGCACUGGGACAUGAACCACCAGGAGGGGGAGGAGCAGCAGGGGGAGCAGCAGGAACAGGAGAUGGGGCAGGGGCAAGAGCAGGAGCAGGAGGGGCAGCCGCCAGAGGGCCCCGCGGUCGCCCAGCAGCAGGAUCAGCAGCAGCAACUGCAGCAGCAGCAGCCGCAGGAGCGCCACCAGCCGAAGCGCGUCGUGGCAUGCCACAAGGGGCGCGGCCGCGUCGCGGGCACCGGCUUUGCGGACCCAUCCUGGGUGGAGGGGCGGCUGUUUGUGUAUGCAGAUGGGACGUGCGGCUUUUUGUGGACGGACGAGUACGGGUUCCUCAUCGAUUUGGAGCGCAUGGACUGCUGA